AUGUUAAACAGGAUACACUCGAGUCAUCAAGGCAUUGAUGCCAGUCUCAGAAAGGCAAGGCUCACGUUAUUUUGGCCACAUAUGUCGGAGGACAUUAAAUUGACAGUUCAAGAGUGUUCGGCCUGUUUGGAAUUAUCACCCGCUCCUGCUCAUUUACCUAUGCAGACCCAUAGAAUCCCUGAUCUACCGUGGAAGAGAGUAGCGCUUGACAUAUUUCACCACAAAAAUGACAAUUAUCUAGUCACAGUAGACUAUUACUCAGAUUUCUUUGAAUUGGACAAACUACCUGAUCUGACAUCAGCCACUACGGUAGAAAUUGCGAAGAAAAACUUCAGUCGUCACGGCUGCCCCUUAACAGUGGUGACUGACAAUUCUCAAGCUCAGUUUCAAACAGCUAACUUUCACAGAUUUGAAAAGAAUGGGAGUUUAAUCACGCCACAUCGUCGCCAUAUCACCCGAGAGGUAAUGGCAAGGCUGAAUCAGCUGUAA